AUGUCGACUGAGCUGCAGAGUGGGAAGGUGCUGGAGGGCGGUGCGGUGCGGUCUUCCGCGGGGGUUCCGGGCGAGCGGUUCCCCGCGAGUCCGCAGUUGCGCAGUCCCUCGGACAGCGUGUCUGUUGAUGGCGGGCCAGUGCAGGGUCAGGUCUCUCAGGUCAGUUCAGAGACUGUGGGGGCGGUGUCGGGGGUGAAGGCGGUGCCGCCGCCGCUCCCGCACGUCGAGAUCAACCAGGUUUCCCUGGCGGUUAUAGUCAGGAACCUGACCGUGUUCACGAUCAAAGAGAUUGUACAGUACAUGAAGACGAACGUUCACUCCUCGCCGGAGCAGGGCACGUUGCUUCGCAAAGUCAAUUUCCUUCAAUUGAUCAUUUACUUGCGGAACCAGUUUCUACGUUUGUACGUCCUGGUGAAGUGGGCACGCACAAUCAAGGAUAACAACUUCAACGUGCUCAUUGACUUGCUCAACUGGUUUAGAAACACAAACGUGUCCGUGAACAACUGUAUAUGGGCGCUCAAGGGGACGCUCGCGUCAAUGGCGAACGCAAAACUGCCCAACGUCGACCUCGUCACCGCAUUGGAGGUACUCAGCCUAGGGAGGCCUAACUUGCCAACGCACAACUUCAAGUUGAGUGGAGAGAAACAGACGCUCGAAAUCCCGCCAGAAUUGAUCCUACAGCGGCUCAAGGAUCUUAACUUGACCGUUUCCAUCAAGAUUGCACUCAUGGACUUGCCUACACAAUUCAAAGAUUACAGAAUAGCCAACGGAAGGAUAUACAUUUUUGUUCAGGACGAGUUCGAAAUCCAGUUGUCCACGAUAGACAGCCAUGCGCCCUUGUUCUUCGUCGACCUCGACUUGUUGUUCCAUUACAGGGACUCCAAGACUGGGGACCACAUGAACAACGGCGGAACGGCACAGGAUGAUAACACGGCAGCGGCACACAAGACGGCAAACUACUUGCCCCUAAACAAACGCAAACUGGAGAAAUUGAUUAACGAUUUACUCCGCAAAAGCGACAAACCGUUCUUCGCAUUGUACAAGUUCCUCCACAAGUAUGUGCUCACUUUGAAACUAUACAUGGUUCACAUGGAACUGACAAACUUGGAAACUACAGUUAAAUUCUCGGGGGGAAACCUCGUUCACUCGUACGACGCGAAAAAGAGCAUUAUCUCAGGGAGGUACUGGCUCAACGCAAAGAUGGGGAACAGAGGCAAAUACACUAUCGGGGUGGACAGGUACACGGAGAUGCUUGUCCUGCGGUGGGACAACGACGCAACAAAACUUAAAUCCAUGAGAAUGCCCACGGUGUACAAGCGGAUCCUCGGGAACGUGGAGUCCAUCCUUGACGAGAUCAUGUUCAACCACGCAAACCUAAUUAAGUCGGAACUGUUGUCUAGGGGGAUAUUUGAGGACGAUGAGGAUGACCCGAACGUGCUUCUCCUGCAGGUGCCCACAACGUGCAUAUCAAACGCCCCCGUACAGCUGAAGAUCGACCUCAUCACAGGAUUGUUCUACUUCAAAAAUCCAAGCUCACUGCUCUCGUCGUACACAAAGAAGAUCAACGCAGCGGAUUCUCCAGAGGAACUAACGAGAACUUUACUCCAGUUGAAACUGGACAAGAUUACGCAUAUCCUAAAAAACAUGUUCGAAAAGACAGGUUGGAUUUGUAACUCGUCGAUAAAACUGCCAAAUCUGAUCCCAACGCAACUAAUGAAAACGGCCGACACUGAAUCUACUGAGUUGGGGCUCACCAACGGCAAGAGCAUGGCGGGAUCCCUAUUGCAAUUCGACUUGUUUGUCUGCCUGCCCAACUGGCCAGUAAACUGGUAUUUGAUACUCACAAUCAUCUCCUCGGAUUCAUCCUGCGUCAUUGAAAAGAGAAUGGGGAAGAUCGUUUCCCAGAAGAAUAAAUGGCACUUAUCUUACCUGGAUCAGUCAGGUGUCACCUCUUAUAAGUUAGAGGCCCUGACGUAUCAAAAGAUCAUGUCUCUGCAGAAGACAAUCCUUCACAGAAUCGUCAACCAUACGUUGAUCGAUUCUUUGAACCAGCUGAAGAUUCGCAACCACGUAUGCUCCGCAGACGUUGUGAGUAAUCUACUACCAGACUACAUUGUCAAGGAAAGCGAGAUCAAGGACGAACAGGGGGACUUGGACAUGGAUUCGGUCGCUGCUAACAAGGAGGACUACACUUCAAUAAUCGAUCUAGAGUUAGAAUCUUUCUUAGAGGGGUCUAAAGCACUCAAUGGGAUCCUAGAGAACUCGAUGUUCAUGAGAAUCAACUACGCCAAGUCCGAGACCCGUUUGUACGCCAGGUUUAAAAGGGACACGAUGAUCAAACAAGUCCAAUGCAAUGAUCUGCUGAUACAUUUUGUUCCUGAGGAUCCCUUGGCAUUUUACUUGGAUGAGAAAUUUAGUGAUUUGAGUCACAUUAUCUCUGAUCUGGCUACAUUCAGGAAGAAACUGAUGCAAUUGGUCGUCUUGACGGAUGUUGUAGAGAGACUGCAUAAGAAUUUUGCCUCCGAGUGGUUUAAAAUUGUUGCCCUGAAGCCAAAUGAGAUUGCAUUCAAGUACCUUCAUGAUACGUCCGAAAAGGCAGAUUGUACCAUAACCAUUAUUACGAGUGACUCGACGGUGAAAAACCUGGACAUCGAGCUGGCAAAGUCCAACCCGCAAUGUAUUAUCCAACCGCUGAUCAACACGGGCAAAGUAGAUUACCACUUCAUCUUCCACUACUUGCAAUUCACGUCCUCCUUCUUUUCUACUCUACAGAAGGUGCUUGUACCUGAAGACGACACGAGCGAUGAAGGGGCACCAACUUUCACACAGAUACACCUUGGCGUUCACAGUCUGAGGGAGUACCAACUAGUGUACCACAACCCGAUCAGCGGCACCAAGAUAACCGUUAUAAUCGAAUUGAAGUCCGUGUGCCACAACAACAGGAUGAAGAUGCAGUAUUAUAUACACUUUUCGCGCGAGGAACACGUCACUGCAAAAUCUCCGGCGUACCCACUGAUACACGCUAUCCGCAACCAAAUAUUUAUGCUGGACAUGAAGCAAUAUCCACAUCCACAGCAGCAGCAGCAGCCUGCCACUGUCGACACAAAGUAUCCGAAAGCAGUAAGGCUUCUCGAUGGGAUUGCAUGCGACGCGGCAGAUGUCGGGCCCAUCCUUCUGGACAUACACAGUAUCCUGAGAAUGGACAGCAACACAGACCUCAACGGGGUUGUGUGA